UGUUUGUGUUCUGCUCCCCACGACUCCCCAGUCCCCAUCCAGACAAGGGAAGGGAAUACAGGCCUGCUCCGCCCUGCCUCCCCUCUCCUCUUCUUCUCUCCCCGCGCCCAACACCACGCCGGCCUCGAUCCAGGCUGCCGCAGCCCGCAGGUGUCCUGGACGCCGCCCUUCCCGUCCGCCGGCGGUUGAUUCCUUCUCUCCUUCCUCAGGUACGUUCGAUUCGGAUGAGCCCCGGCCCCUUCUUUGGAUGCGCUGUGCAUUUCUUUGUUGCGAGCUUUCAAAUCCCCCGCCUACAAUAUCCCCGAAAGAAAAAAAAUGUUUCUGUUUCGUCUGAAACAAUAACAGUUGCAGAGAUCGAGCGGCAGAUGUAUAUUUCAUCGGAAAAACUUGAGAACGCCGCUGAGCUGCUCGGCACGGCGCCUUCCCGUGUGCAGGUUCCUGGCCUGAUCACAAAGCAGGCGGCGACGGCGCGGAUGGAGCUCCCGGUGGCGGAGCCCGGCACGGAGCGAGGCGAGGGCCCGCUGAUCCAGUGCCCGUACUGCGACUCGGAGGCGAUGCACAAGCUAGCGCAGAUCCUGCUACCGGGGCUCGCCGCCGUGUGCGUGGACGGCACGACGGGGGACCCGUUCCACAGCCCGUCGGUGGUGGCCGUGGACCUGCGCAGGGAGAUGGUGGACUACAUCACGCAGCGGAGCGAGAGCUUCAUCGCGGACGCGCUGAUCGAGUCGGAGGCCAAUCAGGAGGGGCCCGACGCGGCGGUCCCCGACGACCCGUUCGAGGCCGUGUCCGUGUUCAUGGACGACUUCGGCAGCACGAAGCGCAACAUCAUCGGCCACGUCUCCGGGUGGCUGCUGAGCGACAGCCGCGACGACAAGAUCGACGACUUGGUGCAGGAGAUGGAGGCGACCCGGUUCUGGCCGCUGGAGCGGCGGGAGGCCGUCGCCGAGACGCUGCUCAAGAACGUGGACCUCAGGACCCGGUUCCACUGCCCCGAGAAGUACGAGAGCGAGGCGCGCCUGGCGGACCACAAGCAGCAGUGCAGCUUCCGCCCCGUCGCCUGCCCCAACGACGGAUGCCGCGCCAGGGUCUCCGUCCGCUGCGCGCGGGACCACGACGCCGCCUGCCCGUACAAGCCGCUCCAGUGCGAGCAGGGCUGCGAGAAGCGGCUGCUCAGGCGCGACAUGGACAGGCACUGCGUCACCGUCUGCCCCAUGAGGCCCAUGAAGUGCCCCUUCGGAUGCGACUCCUCCUUCCCCGACCGUGACCUCGAGAAGCACUGCGCCCAGUUCCUUCGGCCGCAUUUGAUCAAGGUGCUCAAGGCGAUUCAUAAGAAGGCGCGUUCGGAAGAUGAGCUCAAGGACCUCGCUCUGAAGCUGGAAAAGUACGAUGGAGAUGGUAAACUGGCUAAAGCUCUGGAUGCAAGGCCUCUCACUAACGCUGUCAAGGACCUCGAGGCCAAGAUGAAAGCUGAACACUCGAGUCGAAGGGCUGUUUUACACUGACAGACUUUACAGAAUGGAUAAUGCCAUUGUUUAGUAUGAAGGGAUGACGCAGCUUGUAUACAGAGAAGAAUAUAAGUUUUGUUUUCGUUUUUUUUUUGCUUCACUUUCUCCUCCCUCACGAUCAAAUCAACUGUCAGUAUGAAUAUUCCACUAUUGCUCUGUACGAGUAUAUUGUUUGUUUUAGCGUAUG